UAACAAUCUCGCUCUUUGUCUCUGAGAUCCCAAUGAAGCGGCGACACGACGACGGCAACGACGACCCCAGCCCGAGCUCGGCCUCAUCGUCAUCAUCCUCGGCCGCCACUGGGAGCAAUGAUGCCCAUCGUGCUGCGGCUGGGGCUGCGGCUGGGGCUGCGGCUGCGGCUGGAGCGAUCGUCCUCAGCAAGAAGCCGCGCACAGAUCUCGACUUGGCCGUCGUUCCUGCUGCGUCGGCGUCCUCCUCGGCGCUCAUCCUCCACAGCCAGCAUCCACAGCUGCAGCAGAGACCGAGACUGUCAACAUUGCUGGCCCCGAUCGUGCUGCUGACGGGCCACAGUGCAGAAGUCACUGCAGCCAGGUUCAACCCGGCAGGAACAAUCCUCGCUUCGGCGUCCCUGGACAAGUCCGUGCUGCUUUGGGACACUGCAUCAUGCAAGAACUUUGCAAACUUUUCUGGAAACCACACUGCGGGCAUUCUUGAUCUGCAGUGGACAAGCAACGGCGAACGCAUCGUCACAGCUUCUAUUGACAAGUCGGUAGGUAUUUGGGAUGCAGCUAACGGCGAUCGGAUUCGGCGCUACAAGGCACACCAAGGAAUUGUGAAUGCAUGCGCAACAGCAUUGAACAAUCAGAAUGCCAUUGUCAGCGGUUCUGACGACCGGACAACAAGGGUGUGGGAUCCGCGAGUUCGAGCAGAAGUCCACUCGCUUGCCUGCUCGUAUCCCGUCACUUCGGUAGCCGUGUCACACGGCGGCGACACUGUUUACGCCGGCGGUUUGGACAACGUAGUCAAGGUGUUUGACCUGCGAAAACCGAGCGAACCCGCGCUCGUCCUGGAAGGUCACGCAGACACAAUCACGUCGCUCUCGCUCAGUCCCAAUGGCAACUUUGUGUUGACAAACGCCAUGGAUAACACAGUACGCAUCUGGGACGUUCGGCCAUACUGCCCGAAUGACCGUUGCAGCACCAUCCUUACUGGCGCCCAGCACAGUUUUGAAAAGACUCUGCUCCGCGCAAACUGGUCGCCCGAUGGCAACUUUGUCGCAGCCGGCUCUGCAGAUCGCUUUGUCUAUGUCUGGAAUGCCAACACGCGUGCGCUGCUGUACCGCUUGCCUGGCCACUCGGGUUCGGUCAACGAUGUGACCUUCCAUCCAAAGGAACCGAUUAUCGCUUCUGGAGCUUCAGACAAGAAGAUUUACUUGGGCGAGCUGGAUUUGUCUUAAAGCAAGUGGUUUUGCUUUUUUGAGUUUGCUCAUUGUCUUCCGUUGUUUGCUUUCUGUUGCGUGCGUCUGUUGUUAACCCUCAAAGAAUAUCCCUCGAUACAUUGUGUCAGCUCGAA